GUCUAGAGUGACUGGAGCGCAGCGGCGGAGGCGCAGUGGAGAAUCACAGCAGCACAAAUCCACUGCGCUCAUGGCAUCAAGGAGAAUGGAGACCAAACCAGUCAUAACCUGCCUCAAAACUCUCCUCAUCGUCUAUUCCUUCGUGUUCUGGAUCACGGGGGCGAUCCUGCUUGCAGUGGGAUUAUGGGGGAAAUUCAUUUUGGGUCCGUACAUCGCUCUGAUCGCUGAGAACUCCACCAAUGCUCCCUACGUGCUCAUCGGGACCGGGACCACCAUCAUCGUGUUCGGACUCUUCGGAUGCUUCGCCACGUGCCGCGGGAGCCCAUGGAUGCUCAAACUGUACGCCAUGUUCCUGUCGCUGGUGUUCCUGGCCGAGCUGGUCGCUGGCAUCUCGGGCUUUGUUUUCCGUCAUGAGAUCAAAGGCACCUUUAUGAGGACAUACAACGAGGCCGUUCACAACUACAACGCCAAGGACGAGAGGAGCGUCGCGGUGGACAACAUCCAGAGAAGUUUGCGUUGUUGUGGCGUUCUGAACUACACCAGCUGGUUCUCCAGCGUUUAUUUCCCUGUGAAUGGAAUUCCUCCGAGCUGCUGCGCCAACGCUUCCGACUGCAAGUCCUCAGACCUGCGAAACGCCACCAUAGCGCCCACCAAAGUCUAUCAGCAGGGCUGCUAUGAGCUGGUGACGACCUUCAUUGAGACUAACGUGGGCAUUAUUGCUGGAGUAACGUUUGGGAUUGCAUUCUCGCAGCUGAUCGGGAUGCUGCUGGCCUGCUGUCUGUCACGAUUCAUCACUGCCAAUCAGUACGAGAUGGUGUAGAGGCCUGUGCACAGGCACAGAAGACGUACGACACCUUGGAAAGGGAAAGCAACCCAAAAAUGCUAGCACACUCCAUUCUUUUUAAUCUCUUUUUUAUUCUAUCUCCUUUUAUCUGUCAUUCUGUCUUUCCUGCCUUCUUUUCUCUCCUUUCCAUCAUUCCUAAAUCAUGCAGUUAUGCCAUGACCAAAGCCUCUUCUUUGGAAACAUCAGCGUUAGUGGGGAAAAGGAAAUGGUCUUAAGACGCACGCGUACUUUACUCUGUACAAAAACCUUGCAUGUGGAAACCAUCUCAAACACACUACUAAAGUCAACAGCGUUUCUGUAACACUGCGUCCUAACCGAUCACAUACAAGCCAAUCGAUAUCGCAAUCUCUCUCUAGCUGCAUAUCAAAUAUGUUCAGGUUAGCUGUGGUUUUGCUGUUUUUUCUA